GGGGAGAGUCACUCUCCACCAAGCUUUCACGGCGACAGGAUCUCUGUCUCCGAGACGCGAAGGAAUUGCAGUUUCGAAGAAUCUUGAACUUGAAUUGUAAAAAGCAAAUCUGCAAAAGGAAGGAGAUAAGACGAAAAGAAAAGCAGUAGUUGGCCGGUUCCAAUAUUUUUUCUGACUCUCCUGGUGCCUCGUAGCCAUUUGCCGCUAAAAUGGAGGUGGAAAUCACACAGAGAACCGUCUCACAUAAGGUGACCAAAGUUACCAAGAAGGAGGAGUACUACAAGGGCAGCGAGAUGGCCAGCACCAAACUCUUCGGAAAGGACCUGAGCCAAUAUGAAGAUGUGGACAUUGAUGACCUCCUGGAACAGCUGUCCCCUGAGGAGCUGGAAAUGCUCGCAGGAGAGGUUGACCCUGAUGCAUGUCAGAUCGUCACAUUGAUGCUCUAGUGAACGCUCUUGUUAACAACAACAAUUUGAGGACAUUGAACUUGGAAACCAACAAUCUCAGUCCAGCAGGCAUCGUCCGCAUCAUGGAGUCUCUCCUAAAGACCCAUACCAUAGAAGAGAUCCGUCUUGCAAAUCAGAGAUCAAGUGUCCUGGGUAACAAAAUAGAAAUGCAGCUCACUGACAUCAUUGAACAAAACCCCACACUCUUGCGUGUGGGCAUCCACUUUGAAUUCAAUGAUUCUCGCAACCGAGUUUCCAGACACCUACAAAAGAACCUAGACACUUUCCGCGUUGGUGUCAAAGUGCGCAGAAUCACAAGGAAGACCUCAGAAGGUGCUAGCCUUAGCUUCGUCCUGCCUGCUAAUUCCCCACCAGCAUCCCCUCAACCUCCAUCACCAAUUCCAGAGGAGGAGGUUGAGACUACAACUCUAAAUGGGGAGGGGCGUUUGAUGGAGGACAUUCAAAAUGAAAUGGCCUUUGAGGAGGAUGAGGACUUUGGGGAUAAAGAGGAGUGAAGACCGUGAGGAGCGCAUGGGUCAUAAAGUCCCGAACUGCACCGUUGGCUACCCCCUUCUUCCUUCAUUUAUGCGGUUUGCAAGAAAUUACGAUGAUGACGA